AUGAGGCGAACAUUCUUCGCGAUUUUGAUUCUUGCGGCUGUAUUAUCGGCAGCUGCGGCGUCGACGACAGCCAUACGCGAUUCCCGCGGUCUCACCAGGAGACGGCUUCGAGCUGCUGCGCUGACAAUCGAAGACGACAAAGAAGAUCGAGCGCUCCCAACGUCCGCAUUAACAAACGCAGCUAAGUCUGUGACAUCAAAGCUCACGGGGUACGCCCAACUUCCAGUGUGGUUAAUAACGAAAAAGUCACCGAAAGAAGUCUUCAACCUACUGAAACUUCACGAAGCAGGGUCCAAUUUGUUCAAGAACCCACGAUGGAAAACUUGGGUCACUUAUGUGAGCAAAUUCGACAAGACCAAUCCGGAACAAACAAUGGCCUCCGUGUUAACGCUUCGCUACGGUGACGACGUAUUAGCUGAGAUGCUCGCGGCGGCGAAGAUGAGCCGCAAGACGAAGAGCAUUGCGAAUAAACUUGAGGCCGCACAAGUGAACAAUUGGAUGGCCACAGGACAGUCGACCGAUGAAGUGUUUAAACUGCUUAAACUCCAUCUCGCAGGGGACGACCUUUUCGCUAGGACACAGUUGAGCACGUGGAUCACCUUCAUGAAGCGAUUUAACAAGGACUUCGCAGACGAAUCCACGACCUUGCUAUCAACACUGUCCAAGCACUAUAAGGACGGAGAUUUGGCUCGCAUUGCCCACAAGGCUUUGUUGAUCGACAGCUCUAAGAAAAUGGCUAAUGAUUUCCAGAUCUUGCAGUUUGGCAAGUGGGCAAGUGAGGAGAAGACGCCAAGUGCUGUCGCGCACCUCCUAGUUUCGUCUAGAACUGUACCCGGAAGCGCUACCAGUCAACGAACCACACAGCUCGAAAAGGAAAUCGUCGAAAACUACAAACGCUUUAAUGCUGCAUACACUUCGAGCCUACCGUAA